GCUUUUUCCCCUCUCUCCUCUUCGUCCACCUGUUUUGAGUUAGUUUACAAAGUAACUACUCUGUUCGGAGUAGUUAGCGAUUGAUCUGGAUCGCAUGGGUGAGGUAAUCAUGGUCAUGUGCCCGACGCUGCGAGUCAGCCAGCCCGCUCACACACUCUCUCUCCCGCUCUUCCGCCCGGAAUGCUGUCGCUUCUGCUGCCGCCGCCUUCGUUACUUUUUCCCAUUCGAUCAGAUACAUCUAUGGGUACCCAGCAGGUGGCUGGGUAGAUGCAUACACAAUAUUUCGAGACAUCUACACCGGCUCGCUUUAUGUCUGAAAAUCAGGGCCAUAUUGAACAAUGGCUAUCAGCGUACAAUAUUACAAGCUACUACUGCCCGAGUUGGCAGGAGUGUAAGAACGGCUAGUAAUUAGUUAAUUGGGAUGUUAUUGCAGCUACAGGCUAUCCCACACACUUGACGGACAUCGUUGGCGCUUGCAACAGUUGCUCUAUCCAUUCGCCAGCCACCCGGACUAGGGUCAUGCAUAACUGGGGGGUA